UGUCAUAACAAUGAUAACAAAACAAAUUCAAACUUAUUCAUAACGACUUUUUAUUUUUUAUAGUUACCGAAUGAUUAAAACUUAAAAUUUAUUAAAUAUUUUUACUACAUAUAGGAACAAUAACAUUACAGGGAAACCAUUGAAAUAUGUAAUAUCGAAAGUGGAAAAGAUAAAUACCUAUCAUAAAGAAGCAUAACAUAAAAAUGCUAUCAGCUAUCGACCUGGACAAGUUAAUCGCAACCAAAAAACAAGAAAUACAGAAAGAAAAAUCAAUAUUAGGACUGAGUUGUUCGCAUGUAGUUUCAAAGUCUGAAGACACCAAAGAAAAUGCUAAUAAUGAUACUAGCCAGGAAAAAUUGAAGGUUGAAAAUAGUGUUGCGUGUGAUAGAGAUGACUCUAUCGAAGACAAGAAAGAAAGAGAAAACAAGACUUUGUAUGAAUUGGAAGAACAUAUACCUCCGGACUUAGAAAGAUAUAUUCGGCGUUACCUCGGUCUACCGGUGAUGCUAAAAGCCGGCGAGUACUCCCCAAAUAAUCCUCUGAUCCGGGCCGAGAGGCACACCGGGGACGCCCUGCUCGGCCUCGGCGAGUACGAGCGUCGGAGGAACACGCUCCGGAAGAUACGCCAGCAGCAGUACCGGGAAUAUCUCGAUGAGCAAGCCAAAAAGAAAAAAGAAGCCAAAGAGCAAGCGGAAAGGGAACGCCGUGAGCGAGAGGAGAAAGACAGAGCGCGAGAAGAGAAAGAAAGACUGCGACUAGAGAUAGAGAGGGAGAACAGCCCUAAACGUAGAGCGAGCGUUAAUGCCAUCCCCAAAAAUGUUAAUUGUAAUAAGAGGGCGGAGGUCGGGGCUGCGGAGCCGUUAUCGGUGGCCGUGCAGACCGACAGCGCGGAGCUGUGUCGGCUUUCGGGAUGUCAGCUGACGGAGGCAGAGAGGGAGCUGUCCCCCCGCACGGCGCGCGGCCCCGCCCCCCGCGCGUCCCCCUGGCCCGCCCCCCCCAGCCCUGGGGACUGUGACGAGGAGUGCGUGAAAUCGAACCGCGCUGAACGAGCCCCCGGACAGCACCGCACGCCGUCCAUACUCGACGCGGACGCGAUACAGCUGAGGAACGCGCAAGCCGAGAAGGAAGCGGAGGCGCGUCGGCAGCGCUACCGGCUGGAGCUGAAGCGUCAGAUACAAGAGCAGCAGAGGAUCAAAGAAGAGAGGAAAAACAGAGAAAAGUUGUUGGAGCAAGCCGAGCUGCGUCGUCUGGAGGAGCAGCUGCGCGCGCUGCGGGCCGCCGCCGCCGCAAAACAGAACACCGAUGAAUAUCACAGGAAAAUAACAGAUCUACAGAACGACAUAGAUAUAGAGAAGCAUAAUCUGUUCGUCGCUAGAACGAGAACGGACACGAAAAGAAACGCUGUCACAUCUAGAAGCGAUCCGCCAACUAGAUCUGUGUGUCCCGCGGAUAGGAAGCCCUACUCUACUAAUAUACCGGCGAAUUCGAUUUUCUCACCAGACUACGACGUGGACGCUUACCUGAGGCGUAAUUUGAAUUUUAACGACAAUUUCAGUCGAGGAUCUCCCAAAGAACCCACUGUUGACUACGGGCAGGCGAUCAGAGAGGUCGCCGAAUUCGAUACGAAUCGAAAAUCGAAUCGCUACAAUAUCGAUUUCGCGUCAACAUCGAAUAAGAGUAAGAUCGAUUUGAAUCGCAUCCACCACGAAAACGCGAGAGAUCCUCAAGAGAUAUUAAUACACAAGAACACGUCAUAUAAAAAGCAAACGCAACACAACAAAACCGAUAAUGGUUCGAGUAUCGAUUUACCGAUACCGGUUUUGAGGCACGUCCCUAAGAGUUACGAUUCAAACGAGAGCAACAACAAUUUGAGCGAUGCCAUGAAGAAAGUUGAAGCUAAAUGGCAAGUGCCUGUCUCGCAGACUAAUGUACUGAAGUCCUUGUCGAAGGGUGAUGGGAGGAAUAUCAGCAUCCUGACGCAGCUGGGCUCCAUCAGGCGUCAGCUUCAGCUCGAACAGAUGAAGCUAGACGGGAUGCUGAACAAAGAAGACGCUAUGAAUACAUUCGCAAGGAAAAUAUCCAACGGGAAUUGAUUUUCUACUGUGCGUUCUACACGCGCGAUUAUAAUAACGAAAUCAUAAUUUACUGGUGGUAGGACCUCUUGUGAGUCCGCGCGGGUAGGUACCACGGCCCCGCCUAUUUCUGCCGUGAAGCAGUAAUGCGAUUCGGUUUGAAAGGCGGGGCAGCCGUUGUAACUAUACUUGAGACCUUAGAACUUUAUCUCAAGGUGGGUGGCGCAUUUACGUCGUAGAUGUCUACGGGCUCCAGUAACCACUUAAAACUAGCUGGGCGGUGAGCUCGUCUACCCAACUAAGCAUUAAAAAAAAGUUAUAUAUUAACUUCGUUACAUUCGAAAUUUCCAAUCGAAGUAAUGACACCCUGGAAUUAGACUGAUUAUUUUUAAUUAUAACACAAAAUAGAUAAAAUUCACUUAGCAUCGAGCUGAUAAAAUGAAUAUAUAUUUGGCUUUAGAGCGUUGAGAUUUGGUAAAAUGAAGCCGUUAAAUACACGAAAGGUAAAAAAAAGGUUAAAAAAGAACAAAAUAUGACGAAUGUACUUCCGAGCUUUGCUUCUACGCGAAUAAAGGCGAAAGCAAUAUUAUUGGUGCAUAAUAAUAGUUCUAUUAUAGAGUAUAUAGCGUAUAAAAUAUAAAAUCGAUUUUAUUUUCAAAUCGAUUAUAUUUUAGAAUCGAUUAAUAAUUCAAUUUGCCCGGCUAAUUUGAAUGUUAGCUUCUUUUUUUUUUUAAUUCACAUUCUAUUAUUGUGACGUCACAAAACGUCACAGAAUCUCUUUAGAAGUGGCCGUAAUUAAUAUUAUUAUUGUAUUCGUCAAGUCUCUUUAUGAAUGUUGGACGACCUUUGUGUUAUUCUACAAGUCAAUUAAUACAAACAUAUUUACAGGCGACUUUUGUAGUAUAGUUACUGUAUGCGCGCGAGUUCAUGUCGAUCGGGUCCAGAGGCGACGCGCGGGGGGCAGCUCGCCCCACCUUCGCCCGCCUCCCCGCAUUCGCCUGACGUCGAGUGUUGUUCUGACGGUUGUGACGCGCGAUUAUCGAUAUCAUAAUUUAAGCUAUAGCUAUUGUGUUAUUUAACCAUGACUACUCCGCUUCCAACAAGUUCAGAUAGAAAAAAACCUACUGAAAAAAGAUACAUACUGAUUCCGACUCUGAUCUAUUGGUUGUCUUUUCAUUUGAUAGUGAUUGAAUUGGAAUUUAAAAAAUAUUUUUCUCUAUUAGAAAUAAACAAGUAAUGACUUAUCACAUUUAUUUUAUCUCAUAAAUUGCAAAAUUACCUUAAGUUACAUUAAACCAAAUUGACAGCUGUUGACUAAAUCGGUAGUUAUUAUCGACAUUACCAUAAUUAACUAGGUCACAGCACUACCGCAUUCCUCAGGAUGGACAUGAACUAGCGCGCCUACAGUACUAUGUUUGAAUUAAAACAAAAGCCACUUAUUUAAGAGGGUAACGCCUUAAAUGUAGUACACUACUUAUAAUGUAGUAUUCAAAAUUAGUAUUUUAAUUAAUUAAAUAAAUUUUUGCAUUACCUCUACCUAAUAUACUGGAUGUUAAGAGACCUUUUCCGAAAAAGAUAAAAGACGAUAUUACUAAUGACACCUUUGAUGAUGGAGUUAUUUAGACAAAUGUUGUCAAUAAGUAUUUGUGAGAUCGCGCGUUCGUUGACCCGAGCAUCAGGUGUUUUUGAUUUUGUGUUUCAUUGCUGGUUUUUUUUUAGUAAGGUAAUGUUUUUUUGUUAUGAAUCUAUUGUUUCAUUUAGCUGUACUAACAUGUUGGAAUGUAGAGAAUGCUAAUAAAACGUUAAUUUUUUUUAAAAUCAGAAUCUUAUUUAUUUAUGUACACACAAAAAAGAAGACAUAGUACAGAGAUAUAGGAAAAUUAUGUACAAAGGCGCUGCUUAUUUCUUUAAGAAAUCUCUUCCAGCAGACCUGCGAGAGGAUUAUGAGAAUAAUAAUUAAAAGUGAUGAGCGUGUGUAGAACAGCUAAAAUAACAAAUACAACAUGAGAAUUGUUGUAAUGCACAUACACAUAGCAAAUAUUGUUAAACUUGAAUACAAAAUAUUAUAAGUAACACAGUAUAUACGAAGAGUAUUUUUUUUUCCGUCCCAUCAUCAAAGGCGUCAUUAGUACUAUCGACUGUCUUCGUUUUCGGAGGCUGUCUCCUAACACCCAGUACUUACAGACUUUGUUCGCAAGGACAUUUCAUAAGCUUAUUUUCAAUUUUCAUCCACGUUCAUAAAGUAUCUUUUGUUACGAGUCUGUUAAAUACUAUAAUAAUAUUCUAUACUAAGAUAAUUGUAAUUUUGAAAACCAUAGUUUUUUUGGUGUGCAAACAAAUGUAUCUUUUUCAAACAGCAGUGCCAAAAAAAUUAAUCUGUUUCCGAUUAAUUAUAUUAAUGCAUUCAAAUUUAUUAAUGACAUUAUUAAUAUUUUUUAUUUAUAUUUAUAUAUUAUCAUAAAUAAUUUUGUUUCGUUUUGAAUUCAAUAUUAAAAUUGUAAUCUAGCUUUUAUAAUAAAUUUUUAUUAAUGAGAAUAUUUUGCGUCCUUAAACUUAUUCUGAAGUUAUUUUAAGCGCACAUUAUUUAUAUAAUAUCAAAGACUGUAAAUGUUUAGAUGAAAGUGAGAUUAGAACUUAAGAUAUACUUAUUUUGUUUAUAGCAUUGUUUAUAUAUAUAUGUAAUAAUAAGUACAUUGUUAUCUGAUGAAAAUGUUAUUAAUGAUAAUAAUUUUAGUUCCGUUACAAGUUAACUUAAUUUUUAUUGGUCCGCUGCGUACAAGUUCGCGGCUCGUCCGAUUAUAAGUGGCUAUCGGAGCUAAUAGACAUUUCAAUGACAACCCUUGAGGCAUGAGCUCUAGGCGUCAUUAUCGUACCGCACUUAACGUUACGUGAAUAUGUGCUUAAUGUUCAGGAGUGCUAACGGCUGUCAAUAUACCUUGUUUUGGUGACGGUACACCGUUUUUUUCUCUAUCAGGGUGAGCGAAUAUAAAUCCAGUUUAUUUUGUCUAACAAAUGUAGGUAGGUACUAUAUCUCAUCGGGCAGAGAUAUAGCACACUUACCUGUUUUGUUAAAAAUCGCAAUAUAUUAUUCAGUAUAAUGUAAGAAAUUCUUGGAUUUGUAUUCUAUUGUCUAAUGAGCCUGCUUUAUCCCGGCUGCAUAUUGUCAGAAAUAUCUCUUAUCUAUUCUCCACGUAACACUGGCGUUAUUGGUGUUAUAAACUUUUCAGAUAUACCUCAAUAUGUGCGGCACAAUAAUGUUCGUAAAUAGGCAGGGCGUUGCUGACGUCCAUGGACCGCUGUGGUGUGCAUUGUCGGGAUUGUCUAGGGAGGGUGAUAGCCGGAGACGGCUUCUUAGUCUCAUUAUUAUGUUAACUCGUAAUGGAAUUGAAUGAAAUUUGUUUUCGUUAAAAUGGAGAUUGCAUGCGAUUAUAUAAUAAGCUAUUUAUUAUUUUAUAAGAACACGUCGAAUUUGUUAAGAGCACGUUUUUUGUUUUUUUUUUUAAAUUCAAUAGUUACGUAAUGUUUUUUAUUCAUAAAUAAAUAAUGGCUAUUUAUAA